UUUUUUUUUUUUUUUUGCUCCUCCUUUGUCACUUGGGUACUUUUCCUACUUCGUACCCCCUAGUGGUGACAAGGAGAGCUUAAACCCGCGCCCCCACCAGGUGCUCCAUCGUCGCCCUCGUUCUCGCCCUCACCCUGUCUGGUGCCCCCCUGCAUUGACGCUUCUUCUCCAAAGAAAAAGAACGUCAAACCCUUUUUCUGGCCCGGAUUCUCGACCUCUCAAGACUCCCUGAAGUCAGCCUUGUCAGACUUCAAAAAGAAAGAUCCGAAAGGAACAUCUCCAGCCAGCCCAGUGCCUCUCAAGUCUCUUGACGAGGCAGAGUUUGUGGCGCGACCAAAAACUCAACGUCGAAUUGCUUGGGGCUGUAACCCGCCUCCCGCCGCCGUCUCUCAGAGCCGCCUGCGAGUCCCGCGGCAGGCUGUCUGAUCGAUCGAUCCUUGGCAUUCAAUUUUCUGGUCAGCGCUCUUCGACAGCAUCGCAACACAACCAAACCACCACCACACUUGGUCUCUUCCAACACCAAGUCUAUCUAAUCUAUACUGCGCUACGGCUGGAGUAAAUCCAGUCACUCGUCUUAACAACUCAAAAGGGAUUUUCGUACCAUUCGAAGAACUUGCGACCAUGCCGUGUAUACUCCCUUAAAAGUUGAGAGUUGCGCGCCUUGGGCUGCCCAGCAACCCAAUCCCGAACUUUCCGCAACUGAGGCUUCAUUCGUCCGACUAGCAUCAUCCCCAACUACCUCUAUCCCUUCACCUGGACGGAUUUUUUAUAUUUCUUUUUUUUUCCUCUUCCUCAUAUCCUGUUUCCUUUGCGACGACUUGACGUUUUAUUCCCAAUUUCAAUUUUCCAGCUCUCUCACAGAACCCUGGAUACUGCCCCGCCCACCGGCAACACUUGAUCAAGAAGACACUGAGACAGUGAGUCUCGGGUCGUCCAGUCUCAAAAAUGGCUGCUUCAGGAAGCAGUAAUAGCAGUACACGGACCAUGCAGUCCCGUACUGGGAGGAGCAAGCAACGGUAUAACAGCAAGGGCGAACGCCUGGUCGCUGGUGUAGUGGCGCUUUCAGAAGACAAAGAGUACGUGCUACUCACUCAAUCAACUCGCCGGAAGGGCUGGGUAUUGCCCAAAGGUGGCUGGGAGACGGACGAAGAAUGCACCGAGGCCGCGGAGCGUGAAGCCUGGGAGGAGGCUGGAAUUGUUGUCACCAUCGAUUACGACCUUGGCCAGAUCGAGGAGACUAGGGUUAAAACCUCUUCUAAAUCUGCCAAGUCUGGCAAGCGCGAGAAAGCCAUCUACCACUUCUACGAGGCGACCGUCACAAGCGAAGAGCAGGACUGGCCCGAGAAGGACAAGCGCCAACGCAAGUGGAUGACGUUUGUCGACGCGUGGGAGUCGCUCAAAGAUAGACCCGAGCUUCAGGAGGCCCUCAACCGGUCAACCAUGAAGAGAUAGGUCUACUAUCACGGUUCUCAGACAUGGAGGUGAUCACAUGUGUGACUCCGCUGCGCCUUACAUUGAACGACCGGCCGACCGACCACCCAAGUCUAUUGUCACUACUAGUUCGAGUACUAGUACAAACCCGAGUUGAUACGACAGCACUGCAAGUGCUUGAUAUCACGCCUGAUGUUUUCUUAUUUUUUUGUCUUUUUAUUACCAUCUGCAAUCCCCUUGUCUUUCCACAACUACCGACAGGGUGAUUCCUGUGAACGGACGAGAUCACCAAAACGACGUCCUCACUUCCCGUCUCAGAAUAUGUAACACGGAAUCAGUGCCGUGUCUUCCUGGAUUCAUCCAGUUGCACUCGAAGAUUGAGCAACAACUGCACAUAUAUCCCCAUUGAAGGAGUUGUAGGCUGGGAAUGAUAGAUAUACAAGAGAGAAACGCGUAAAAAAAGAGGAGUUGGGGAAUGACUAUGAGCAAGCACAAUGCUGCUUGGAUUUGCUUUCAGGUCCUAGUUAGAUGGGGGACGAACCCGAAUGGCAGGCUGUCAUUGAUAAGCUCCAGCCUAAUUAGCUGGCGCUUAAUGUUCCUUGGAGACCCCCUCGGGCAAAACAAUAUCGUCUGAGAUAUAUUUGUUUGCAUGAGAGCAACGCAUUGCUUUAGAAAGACGGAACUAUCAUAGGCAAACAUGACUUAGGAAAAAAAAGAAGAAAAGAAGAAAGGGUCGCUGAUCACAUACGCGUGAUCUCACAGUGGGUGGCCUUGCUGACUAUUUCAUUCAUCUGUUACAUAUAUGGCCCGAUAAAAUACAUGAUUUUCGGAACCUCACAACCCACCCCGAAUUUUUUGCAGCUGGCUAAUAAAGCCAUAUCCUCCACCGUAGCCCCUACUUUCGCUAGCAUUCGCAGUAGUGGCAGUUGUCGUCUUCUUUGCAGAA